AUGCUGAGCGCAAAGAGUAAGUUCGAAAUUGCCAGGAACAGGUCCUGCAGCAGUAUAAGGGAAAACCUAAUGUGCUCGUCGGUCAUUUUGAAAAACUCAAGCUGCCUCCUAAAGAGCAACCCCACGUUUGAGAACACCACACAGUUGGACAGGCAGGGUGAAGGCCUCCACGGUGACGUGGCUUCCCUGGAGGAGGAUCCACUGAGGGAGAGAAGUGCCAAGGAUCUGCACCAGUAUGUUUACACAAGUGGAAUCAACCCCGACGAUGCAGCUAUCUUUACAUCAAACGAAUGGACUAAAGACAACCACGACGUGAACAAUGAAUUUAAAAAGGGAAUUCUCUUCGACAAAAUUGUUAUGUCUAACAGGACAUACAACACCGCCGUGGAAAGUGUGCACAGCAACUUCCAGACGAACAAACUGGAGAAUGUAGUUAACUCGAUAAAGUUUGAGGAGAAUACAAGUAUUAAAAUUCCGUCCUAUUUGAGGAACUCCCCCCUGUAUGUCCUCUACCCAGAGUUGGACUACCUGAAGGGUGGAAGAGAGGAAGCACAACCGGAAGGAAGAGACGACGUAGGUAACCCAGCACAGGCACACCAAAAUGUAGCACCAUCAAUAACGCAAAAUAAGAACCUCAACAGCUACCUCAGAUACACCCUGAACAACAGCCACGCGACGGGGAGAAACAGAAUGUACGAUUACUUCGAGUCGAACAAAAAAAAUAUGGUAGAAAUCGCAAACCCGAACGACCUCAACCACACACUCCUCUACACAAAGAAGAACACCCCGACAGAGCUAAUAUACAAUUUAUACAAAAACAGGUACGUCACGAGUAGAAGCAACCACACGGAUAAUGAGCUGAACACACUGAAUACCCUUAAAAGGUUGAAAAUGCCUUUCAUCGAAAAAAACGAAAAGGGAGAAAAUAUUGUCAUCACGUCGGAAGUUAACGCGAAGAGGAGAGUGAACCUUUUAUCAAAUGAUGACUCCACUAAGGAGAGGAUGGAGGAAGGUACGAAAUUAGUGAAUAGGGGAGGUAAACACAAUUAUACCGUAUCCCUCAUUGAUAUGUCCAACAACGAUAAGGCAUCCAUAAAAACAGUGCACCUAAGUAAUGGUAAAACUGGAGGGGAAAAAAAAAACAUAUUUCCAUUGAAAAAAAAAACACGCAAAGAUGUACAGGUGCAAACGAAUCAGGACGAUUUUGAGGAAGCUGCGAAAUGUGAUGUCGAUUCGGAUGUUGAGCGUGUCAUGAGCAUUCUGGAAGGAAAGAAAAAAAAAAAUGCUUCCCCGGAAGAUCCACACGUAGGGAACUCACCCCGGAAAGGGGAAAAAGGGACGCUCUCCAUUUCGUACUGUGAUAUUAAUGGGUCAGACGAGAGCGGUGAAGACACGCCAACUCAGACUGAUGAUAGUGGGGAAGUGAACGUAGAGGACGAAGCGGUAGAGGUGAAGACGGAGACACAUGCUAACACCAAUGCAGAGGCAACGGAUUGCAAAAGCGUGUCACCGAAUCAACACCCCAGAAUGACCCACGUUAUGCAGAAGCACAACCAGUUCUUGCGAGCGAGACGAUCCCGUGGCGGAUUAAAUCGGACCGUAUUGAAGAAGCAGUUAAGUGGAUCUCGUCGAUGUGGCCCCUUUAUGAGGGGGAAGGCUCAUUUGAACGGGGCCAAAGUAUCACCUGGCAGUGGUAACGAUGGGAUCAAAGAACCGAAUGGAUGGGAUGGAAGUCCCCCCAUAAAAUAUAAUCCUAUAGAUAAGUUAACCAUUGGAUGGUGUAGUCCCCUAGCAAGAGGACGUGCCCCAUUCUACCUCGGUGGAAACAUGAAAAAAGCAGUUCUGAUCCCGAAGGUAUCCACCCCCUGGGUUCACAAUGCAUCCUUCAUUGGGUCUAGAAUCGGUAGGGAGAACUCUCCCUCAGACAAUGCCGUUACCUAUGACCCCUCCAUUGGGAACAUUCCCGAUGUUCUCCCCAACGAAUUGAAGAAUUCUGAACCCAGACCAAGCAGAGUAUAUGUGUACGUUAAAAAUAGUGCCCCGGGGGGACCCAUCCAAAGAUGUGAUACAGGUCGACCUGUCAAGGAAAGAAACGCUGGAACCGCAUGUGAGGAGGAAUGCGAAAAGGAGAAAAUCACAAACGAUCUGCUACUCAAAAAAUUGUAUAUUGAAAAAAAAAGGCAACUCUACGAAAAGAGGAAGUUCGAGAGGGCCAUUGCCAGCAUGCUGGAGAAGAGAGCUGUGUUGAGGGAAAGGGCAAGGGACAAGUACAGUCGUCUGGUGAGUAUCCAUGGGAGUGGUCACAUUGGUGGUGUCGGUAACGUGGGUGACGAAUCUUCCAGCAGUGCUGAGUGGGAAGGGGAUACCCUCUUAAGAACCCUCAGAUGUGCAAGGAAUCCUCCAAAUAGAACUUACAAACGUGCAUAUGGGUCUGGAGCCUGGAGGGAUACAACCCAGGGGGAUCACGAAAAGGGUCACGUCAGCAGCUGCAGCAACGUGAACUUGUACUCGUCAAAUGAAGAGUCGGACGGAGGCUUCCGCAAGAGGGUGCACAACGCAACGCGGAAUUACAGUGCCCAAGCUGGGCGUAGAAGUGUGGGUAGCCAAUUCACCGAGCAGGGCGAACAGAACUGGGUUAAUACCAUCUCAUCGAGAACACCCCUCGAAGCAGUGGUAAAGAAAAGACGAUCCGAUAAUCUAACAAAUGAACGCAGCAACGGAGGAAUCUUCCACAAAUUCAUCCCAAAGUCUUGGAGGGGGAGAGUCCGCCGAUUCGCACCGGACGAUAAAAGGCUCAGGUCGCUGUCCUAUAAAAAUAGAGUGUCCAAAUUAAGCGUCCUGGAGAAAAGCAUCCAACCGUUGAAGGAACACGCAAGGAGGAAUGUGAUCCUUGGGGGAGGCAGAAGUGACGUAAAGUGUGACGAAAAAGAGGACAUAAUUAGGAGUGAAAUAAACAGGUGUGUAGAGCGGGGCGGCUAUGGAGAGUCGGGCGACGAAACGGAGCAUGACUCAACUGGGGGAAGCACAGACGAAGGGAAAAAACACCUCUUGGAUGAAAACAAAUCCACUGAAGAUGAACAAAAAGGUGGAAUAAAAAUUACGUAUAAUUUAGGAAGGAUCGUGAAGAGGGGUAAGCCCACUUCAUACGAAUGGGUUCACAAGGAAAAUACAUUCAUCUCUCCACUAAAUGGAAGGGGAGGACGCAUCGGUGAAAGCCAGGACGACCGUAAUGAAGACCAAACAGAAAACAUUGAAAUGGAGGACGAUUCCUACCGAACUUUAGGGGGGGACGAAAAAAGGGAAACCUCCCCCGCGGAAAAAAAAAACACAAUGGGAAUCAGCUCAGUUACAAGUGGUGACCUCCAGUACAAGAAGACCAACGAAGCAGACAGACUAUUCAGAGUAAAAGUAUCAAUAAAGAAAGCCGGUGAACGAGGAAAGGAAAUAGACAAACGGAGUAGUAACGUACAGGAGGGUUCCAACCCUAUUCGCUAUGUUUUACAUGAGAGUGUGCAUAGAAUGGGAUCUACUUCCUACAAAGAAAAUGCAAACAAUGGAUUCAUCAAGCGCACAGGAUUGGUACCCAAGGAGAAAGGAAAUUUCAGCGACACGGAAGUGACCACUAGGAAGAGAAACUCGGAAACGAUUACAAAAAAGGGGGAUGAGUCCAAUGACCACCCCGACAGAAGAACCUUCCUGAGGAAGAACGACGGGCACGGAGGUGGAGACUAUUUAAAGAUGAAGCAAAAAGAGUCCGCAAAUAUGCGAAGCCAGUCACAUUCCAAGUUUUCCAACCAGAGAGAGGAAAGCAGGGAGACAUUACGCAGUACUGAAUUAACCCCCAAAUGCAACUCACCCCUAUGCAGAGGUCGAUCCAACGAGAUGGACCGGUUGCUAGACUUGGAACGCAUCGACCCCAAUAAGUGGAUACAAAAAAUUUUUGGAGAUACGCACUGA